CCGGGCGCUCGGCGUCCCCCCCCUCACUCGCGCGUUAGGAGGCUUGGCUCGUUGUGCUGCGCCUUGUUCCCGCCUGCGUCAGGGACCUUCCCGACUCAGUGGCCGCCAUGGCAUCAGACGAAGGCAAGCUUUUCGUCGGAGGGCUGAGUUUUGAUACCAACGAGCAGUCGCUGGAGCAGGUCUUCUCAAAAUACGGACAGAUCUCUGAAGUGGUGGUCGUGAAAGACAGGGAGACCCAGCGAUCACGAGGCUUUGGGUUUGUCACCUUUGAGAACAUUGACGAUGCCAAGGACGCCAUGAUGGCCAUGAAUGGGAAGUCUGUGGACGGGCGACAGAUCCGAGUAGACCAGGCUGGCAAGUCGUCUGACAACCGAUCCCGUGGGUAUCGAGGUGGCUCCGCUGGGGGCCGGGGCUUCUUCCGAGGAGGCCGAGGCCGGGGCCGUGGGUUCUCCAGAGGAGGAGGGGAUCGAGGCUAUGGGGGGAGCCGGUUUGAGUCCAGGAGUGGGGGUUAUGGAGGCUCCAGAGACUACUACAGCAGCCGGAGUCAAGGUGGCGGCUAUGGUGACCGGAGCUCGGGCGGGUCCUACAGAGACAGCUACGACAGUUACGGUAAGUCCCGCUCCGAGGGCACCAUGCUGCCGGGGCCUGCGGCGGGAGCUCAGUAAGGCUUGGCGCCCUCUGCGAGCGACACUCAGACUUUUGUCACCGUGCUUGCCCGUAAGGGACAAGACUGCGCUCUCGGUCUCUGUGCCAGCAGCCAUUUCUACUCCAAAACGUAAAGGCAAAAGCAGACUGACUAAGAAGGAAAGGGAGAGUGAGGGCCCCCCGAGCAGGCAGCAUCCGUGCAUGUGCGGCCGCCUGGCCCUGCAGCCCUGCCCUCAGCUGUGGGGGGGGUUGGUGACUCCCGAGGCUGCAGGGCCGAGCCCUCCAGGUCUGGACCCGGGAGUGGAAUGCUGCGUCUUGUUGCGUGCUUCAGUGCCUUUACACUGUCCCUGCUUCUUGUUCUCAGCUACACACAACGAGUAAAAAUCCUUCCUGCUCAAGAUCGUCCUUCCAAUGGCUGUAUAUUUAAAGAUUUUGGGAGCUUCGCUGAAUCGUUAAUGUGUAGUGAACACACCUCCUUGUACCCCACUUUUGUAGUCUUAUCCGUUCUGAUCUUGUCAAACACAGCCUGACUGCUUCUGACCCCCAGAUGGCCUCAUUACUAGAGUUUUCUUUUUAAGGAAGCGCUGUCCGUUUUUAAGGGUUUUAAAAACGUUUUGAAAAGCACUUCAGAAUUUUUUUUUUUUUCUUUUUACCAUGAGCCAUAAGUUUUUUAGGAAAUCAUUGGGGGUUGUGUGGGUUUCGGUUUUGGUUGUGUUGCCUUUUUUGUUUCUCUUUUUAGUGGGGUCAGGCCCGUGAAGUUGGGGGCCCCGAUUAACUUCUCUUAAGAUUGAACGGACUCUGAAUCCGCUUUUUGUCGGAAGCUGAGCAAGCUGUGGCUUUUUUCCAACUCUGUGUAAUGUUUCUGAGUGUAGCUGGUAGGACCCAUCCUGGGGCAGUAGCAGAGGUGCUCUGGCUGCCCUGGGCCUGGCCUGUACGGCCCUUCUGUGCUAUGUAUGACCCACAGUAGACUUGCAGACGUCCCCUCGAGAGGUUCUUGAAAAUGUUUAUUUAUAUUGUCCUUUUUUACUGGAAGACGUAUGCAUAUCCCAUUGAUGUUGUAUUUGAAGUGGUUAAGGAAUUCUUGUACGCAGUUUUCUUUGGCUUUACGAAGCCGAUUAAAAGACCGUCUGAAAUGAA